AAUAAUCGUUAGGAAAGUGUCGAAGCGUGCGUUUUCACAAAACGAUGUGACAUGUAAACAAAACGAAAUUUAAUUAACCAUAUAAAUGAAUUUUGAAGUUAAUGAUUAUUUGUUUAUCAAGUGACUUUUAUUUGACGUCUGUGUUGUGAUUUAAAAGCAGUGUGAGUGACACUUGGUAACUGAAGUGCAUUUUUGCAGCAAGUGGGAAAGCAUCAUGUUUGCGAAUUUAAAUGCAGGAAUGGCGCCGUUGAUUUUAUUUGGAUUCUUAGCGAUGAUGAUAACCAUCUCCUCUGCUUACCCGCCACACUACCUCGACUUCUGGCAGCACGACCCCCCAGCCUAUUCGCCCCAAGGAGACUCCUGGAACUCGGACCCCCUAUCGGCUUCAGCAGAUCGUUCUUCAUCCCGUCGCAUCGACUCGUCCCCAUCAGGCGACUUCCACCACAAUCAUCACCAGCAAUAUCCAGAACGCCGAUAUGAUGGUAGACACGACUACGGAGAAGGCGUCCAGAAUCCGCACCGGAGGGUCGAGCAGCAGAGCCCUCCUUACUCGAAUGUUGGCUUAUACGGAACUGUGCAUCCUAGGGACGGUGUUGGCGUUCGUGUGGCUGACGGUCCUGGCCCAAAUGUUCAGGGCCAGGGUCACGGCGUCGUCGGCGGGUUUCCGAACCAGAUCGGUACAGGAGGACAUUCGGGGAGGAGGAAAGUUAGGCCGCACGUAAAUGGUCGUAGAGGCAGACGUAACGAAACUGCAUUCAUUCAUGAUAUAAAUAAUGGGGCCCCUCAAGUACACAGACGCAAUGGUACCUUAGUUUUGGUAUAUCCUACUCAGAAACCAACACUCACGAGAGGUAAGCGAGGCGGCGAGGGACCAGAUUCCGAAGGACCCGAUAUAUUUUUCCCUACCGACCGACCCAACGCCGGAAUGACCCCUGUGAUAGCGGACAGAAACAAAGGUCUAGAGUGCGCCCGCGGGAGCACCUUUUGCGAAAAAGUAGAAGGUUACCCGAAAGAAUUCUUGUCGACGAUUCUGCAAAAGGAAGCAAGGAAAUACAUGGAUCUGUUUGGUGAGGACCAGGUACGACAAAAAACUGUGGAAAGUGUUGUUAAUGUUACAAAUCGUAUCGAUUCGAAUGACGAUGAGCCUUUAUGUGCAUCCAAGGAAGAAAUUGUGUACCCUCAAGCGGCUCAAAAUAAGGACGACCAAUGGCUUUAUAUAAUCAAUCAAGAAGGAUAUACGCAAGGAGUUCGUAUUGAGAAAUGCGCGGACACCAGCGGUCAAUGCGGUUCCUUACAAUUGCCGCUCAAUUACGAAACCGGCUGCAAACAGAAAUACAUUUACCGCAAACUGUUGGCGGUAAACGGAACUGGCAUUGUUUCUGAUAGUUUUCGGCUUCCGAGCUGCUGCGCCUGCUAUAUACGAAAUUCAGGAGCAGCAAGUAGAAUCGCCGGAAAUCCAUUCAAUGCUUCAUCCAGACAAAGCUCGGUCCUGGACAAGUCCAGGACGGCUGCAUCGACAGGAUACAAUUAAGUUUUUGCAACCAUUUGUGAUAUUAUGAUAUUUAGUAGUUGUAUCGUUGUGUAUUUAGUUAUGGACGUUUACGAGAAAGGAUUUGUAGUACGAACUCGUCACCUAUGGUUUGAAUAUAUGUGCUACCUUAUAUAUUAAUUUAAAUUGAUUCAAAAUGUUGUAAUUGAUGUUGCACUGCAUUAAUUUACACAAUGAUAA